AGAAUUGAUUUACUUUCUAAUGAUUAACCUGGGAAUCAUCAUAGGGUACUUUUUGUUUCUGUUACGGUGAGCCACAUCUCUUAUUAUGUUCUAAGAUAUAUGUAAACCCAGCUUUUCUAACCCAGUAUGUACAGGUGGUGCUACGUAGGUGCUUGUAUUGCUUUCAUUACUUUUAGUACAGGGCACUGUCAGGAUUUAUCAACUCAACUACUCAAUGACCGACCCAUGAAGGAUGUGUAUGUGGAGGUGGGCUCCGAAGUGAAAGUGCUGUGUGAAGGCGUUGCGGGUGGAGAGCCGGUGGAGUGGACACUAAAUGGGUCGCAGGUGGCGUCCAGCGCUCUGUUCCAUCUCAACAGCACCCGGCUGGAAGACCGAGGCGUCUACACAUGCCACAGUCUCAGCAGAGGAGCUGCCAUCCAACAGGUCCACCUCAAGCCUGGUUAUCCCCCAUCUCCUCCAGACAUCAGAUGCUGGGCCCCCAGUUAUCCUAUGAAGGCCUUGUGCACAUGGUCACAGAUAACCGAAACCUAUAUACCAACACAGCAUAUCAUCACCUACGAAGAUAGGGACUAUGGAGUAAUCUACCCCUGCCACAUUAUUCCACAGUCUCCUGACUCUCUCUGUGAAAUGAAGAACCUUCAGGUUCUCGCCAGCAGACCCUACAUUGUUUAUAUCACAGCCAGUAAUGCUCUUGGCAAUGCCACUAAAUCAAUGGUAUUUGACCUGGAGGAAAAUGUGAAGCCAGAUCCUCCAGUGAAUGUGAGGGCAGUGAAGCGAGGGAGGAAGGUGGUGGUGGACUGGAAUCCUCCCCCAUCCUGGCCACAGCCCCAGCAUUUCCCUCUCAUGUACAAAGUCAGGUACUACUGGGGCAACAAUCAAGAACGAGGCCACAUUAUUGAGGUGGAUGUACAUGACACUAAAUCGGUCAGUCUGGACAGGCUUGUAGAGGGGCGCACCUACCACUUUCAGGUGUCUGCCCAUGAGGAACUGGGCUCUGGAACAGGAAGUGAAUGGAGUCCGCCAGUAGGCAUUACUGUGCGCUAGUCCAGGAGCAGCGUUGCACAUAAGGAAUUCAGUGUUUCAUAAAGGAGGGCACUGUUUGCUUGGAAUCUUGCUAGUCACGUAAUACCACGACAAAUACGGCCGCUAUUACUAACUAUAACAAUAAAAAAAUGAUGAGGAAGAAGGUGAUGAUGAUAACUCAUAAUCAUUAUUAUAGUUACAUUAAAUAAACCCACAAUAUAAAUAUAGAGCAUAUGAAGCAUCUUAACUGCAAAAUUGUAUGAGUCCACUCAAUGCUUUCACAUGCCACUCUAUGGCUUUAGUUCAUAAGAGAACUUGACUUGUGAAUAGACUUUGCUCUUUGCCCGCCAUUUCAAUUUGGGGUGGUUACUUCUGGUAGGCACAUUAGUUAGAGCUCAUGUACCUAUGGGCAAAUUGAAUGUUCUGUGGACAUUCUAGAUGAUCUAUCCAUGACCAUGAUGAAGUCCUAUGAUAAUAGAAAUAUCAUUCUUUAUUUAAGUUAUAUCCAGAAAUGUAAUGCAAUAAUACAUUAAUGCCCAUAACAUUCAAAAUCUGAUGACGUGAAAGGAUCAUAGAUUGAAUCAUUGAAAGUGUUGAUUUUUCCACUUGAUAAUAUUUCUUCAAGCUUUUGACCUCAGUUGUUCCUAGACAGAAUAUACAGUGUUUUACAACUGAUUACACACAUUUUCUUACACAAAAUCUGUGCCUAUUUUUCAGAAAUCCACACACAAAACCCUCUAUAUGCAAAAUGCCUCAAAUCUCCAGCAAAAUGACAAACAACAUUCAGAAUGUCAAAAACACAUCUCUAAAGCAAGUAUCGCCUCACAUUAUAAACACUUUUGUGACAUUUUGGAUUUCAACUGCAAAAACAAACGUGCAUUCCUAAGGCAUUUCCG